UAAAAAAGCGUUGCUGAAGUUUUCUAAUCUUUAUGGCAAAAAAGCCUCCUUUUCUUUUCCCUUCUCUCUUCCUCUCUAUCAUCCCUGCAUUGACUUGGGAUCAACGGACCUCUCCCAAUAGCGCUCCCCUUCUUUCGAUUGCCUCUCCCUUUUCUGUGCGUCUUUGUGUAUGUGCUCUUAUGAUCAUUUAUUCUUUAUUGUUUCUUCCCGGUCUCUUCCGUCAUCGUACUGCUCAAAAUCCCCGUUACAAAUCACCCUUCAUCACUCGCUUCUUUUUUGUCUGUGCCUUUUCCGCCCUAUCUUUCAGCCACUUUAUGUGUGAUACGAACACGGAUGGGGUCCACAAACUGGAAAAGUGAGUGAAAAUCGAUGCCAAAGCGGGCCGUGAUUGAACGCGCUAGUGCGCGCAUCACAUCUUCCACAUGCUGGAAUCUUCGCAUGCAUGGAUAAGCGAGUUCACGGGCACAAAAAAAAAGUGGAUACAAAGAAAUAAGCAAUCCCUUACUUAACCCUCGAAAUGAAAAUUUUCUCGCAUUGGUCCAUGUAAAAUGAAAAAGCGGGAUUCUAGCCAAGUAUAGCUUUGAAUCGUUUUCUUUUUUUUACUUUUUAAAAAAACGCCUUGAGUCGUGCCUCAUCGGCAGUCAGUCUUCCGCCGUCCGUUUCCGACACUGACAACGAAAAAACUCAAAAUAAAAU